AUGCCUAAGGUUGUGGGAAACAGGGCUCUGAUCAUUAUUGAUCUGCAGAACGAUUUCGUGCAUGGGUCUCUUGCAGUGAAGGAAGGGAUCGAUGUAGUUCAUGCUGUCAACGAUUUGCGUCAAAAGUUUGACAUCGUCGGCUUGACCAGAGACUGGCACCCCCACGAUCACAUCUCCUUUGUAGACAAUCAUCCAGGCGCUCAAGUCUUCUCCAGCAAGCGAGUUAAUCUUCCUGAUGGAACGUCCGGUGAACAAGUGAUGUGGCCCAGACACUGUGUUCAGUACACCGAAGGAGCAGAGUUUCACAAUGAGCUGACGGUUACAAACGAAGACUUUGUGGUGUCCAAGGGAUUAGACUCUCGCGUUGAUAGCUAUAGCGGAUUCUUUGACAACUGCAGAAGUUUCGAGACAAGGCUGAGGGCGGAGCUGCGAUCUCGCAACGUCAGUGAAGUUUUUGUCGUGGGCCUGGCGUAUGAUUAUUGUGUUGGAUUCACAGCGCUGGAUGCGGUGGACUGUGGGUUUGUCGUGUAUGUUCUGGAAGACUGCACUCGCGCAGUGGCGGAGGACAGCCAGAAGAAGAUGGUUGAGUCGCUCAAGAAGAGAGGUGUCCACGUCAUCAAUUCUACUCAGAUCCCCGAAAAGAUCGCCAUGAACCCGAGGAAGGGAUUGACGCAUGUGGGUGUCUUCACUUUCUCCAUACUAUCGCUGUUGCAUGGAAUGCAACAUCAAAUAGCCGGGUUCUAUCCCCUCGGCAAAACGAUUUAA